AUGCUGCUGCAGCAGCAGGAACAGGAGCGUGCUUCUUGUGUUGCAGCAGCAGUAGCAGCAGCAAACCAAAACUACAGCAGCAGCAGCAGCAGCAGCAGCAGCAGCAGCAAUAUAUGCUACGAAACUGUGCUGCAGCUGGGGGUAGAUAAGGUUGUUUCUCUCGUGCUGCAGCUGCUGCAGCACGCCGACGCAGACAGAGCAGCAGCAAGCCUUUGUUAUGCUUCUGAGCCUCUUCUUACUUCCGUGGGCUCUCGCAUCGCAGCACAGCCGCAGCAGCAUCCCCCUCAGCAACAGCAGCAGCAGCAGCAGCAGCAGCAGCAGCAACAGCAGCAGCAGCAGCAGCAGCAGCAGCAGGAGCACCCACGGCGGCAGCAGCAGGUCAUUGGCGCUCUCAAGCGAGCACUAGCCAUCAUCCGCAGCCAAAAGAGCAGCAACAGCAGCAGCAGCAGCAGCAGCAGCAGCAGCAGCAGCACGAGCGACGGCAGCGAGAGCAGCACAACAGCAGCAGAGGAUUCAGACGAGGACCCAAACAGCAACAGCAGCAGCAGCAGCAGGAGCAGCAGGAGCUCAGCAGCAGCAGCAGAUAGAGCAGAGAGAGAAGGGCUGCAGCUGCUGCAGGGUUUGUUUGCUUCGGAUGGUGCUGCUGCUCCCGGGCUGUGUCUUUCUCUUUGUGAGAGUUGUGUUGCUGCUGACAUGCGCAGCAGCGCGGGGCAGCUGCUGCAGCAGGUGCUGCUGCUGCUGAUUGAUUUCGACUCUCCUUUGUCUCUAUAUUGGUUGCUGCUCACCACACGUGCUGCUGCUGCUACCUUGCAGCAGCAGCAGCAGCAGCAGCAGCAACAGCAGCAGCAGCAGCAGCAGCAACCGCCACCGAGACAGCAGCACGUAGACUUCUGCAGCGAGAAGGUGAUACCGACAGCAGCAGCAGCACAGCAGCAGGAGUUAUUAGAGGAGCAGCAGCAGCUGCUGAAGCAGCAGCAGCAGCAGUGGGAUGGGCUUGCUGCUGCUGCUGUUGCUUACCCCCUAGACAAACGUCGUGCUGCUCUUCGUUCUAGGGGACAGAGAGAAGCAGAGCAGCUGCUGCUGCAGCAGCUGCUGCAGGCUUUGCUGCUGCUUGCAUGCGAUGAUGCUGUCUAUGAGAGCAGGCAGCAGCAGCUCGCCGUACUCAACCAGCGGGAUCAGCAGCAGCAGCAGCAGCAGCAGCAGCAACAGCAGCAGCAGCAGCAGCAGCAGCAGCAGCAGCAGCAAGCAGGCAGCAGCAGCUCGCCGUACUCAACCAGCGGGAUCAGCAGCAGCAGCAGCAGCAGCAACAGCAGCAACAGCAGCAGCAGCAGCAGCAGCAGCAGCAGCAGCAUCUAUGGCUUGCUGCAGCACUGCGCCCUCAUAUUUGCUGCUCGUGUGGGGCCUGAGGAUGCCCCGCUGCUCAACAGCAGCGCUGCUCUGCAUGAACUGGACGCUGCAUGCGUGGUGCGUGCUUUGAUUGGGUGUCUGCGGGUGGAGGCUUCUUCUUUGCUUCCUACUUUGCAUGCAAUACGAGCCCUAGAACACUGCUGUAAAACCUUUGUAUUGGGUUUGGACGCGGGGGAGGGAGAGGGUUUACAGGGGACGGGAGACGGGGGUUGUUGCGCCUUUUUGAGGGGUUAUCGUCAGGAGGGUACGGACGCUCGUUUGAGUGCUUCGCUAGCUGAAGAGCUGCUGCUGCUGCUGCUGGCUCACAGCUGCCUAGGCUACAGUGGCAACGUACGCAUGCCGUUCCUGCUGCAGUUGUUCUCUAUAUUAGGUGUUGAGCAGCAGCUAUCUAAAUACCAGCAGCAGCAGCUGCUGCAGCAGGAUGAGGAGCAGCAGCAGCAGCAGAAUCAGCAGCAUAGCCAUUCUCCUUUUCUUCGUGGUGUUCUUGCUGCAGCAGAAGCAGAAGCUGCACUUGGUGUUGAGCAGCAGCUAUCUAAAUACCAGCAGCAGCAGCUGCUGCAGCAGGAUGAGGAGCAGCAGCAGCAGCAGAAUCAGCAGCACAGCCAUUCUCCUUUUCUUCGUGGUGUUCUUGCUGCAGCAGAAGCAGAAGCUGCACUUGGUGCAGCAGCAGAUGCUGCUGCUGCUGCUGCUGCAGAUCCAGCAGCAGCAACAGCAGCAACUGCUGUUCGUGCUGCUGCUACUUCUCUCCUGUGGUCUGUCCCCCCCCCCAUACCUGAGGACUACCCGCUGCAGCAGCAGCAGCGGCGGCAGCAGUAUGCUGGGGGCCCCUGGUGGCUGAAGCGUAAGGACUGCUCUUCUCCCGUAUCUGCAAUCCCCCCUCAAUCAUCAUCAGCAGCAACAGCAGCAACAUCAGCACCAUCAGCAGCACCACUGCAGGAAACGCAGCAGCAGAAGAGAGCUUGCUGCUAG